GACCAAAAUAUUCUGUUGGUUCUCAAAGAACAUGGAAUAACCAUGCCGAGUUUAGACAACGCUGUUCGGUAUUACUUAGUCGAAAAGGACCCAGUAGAAUACCAGUAUCAAAUGGAUAAUUUUUUUGUCUUGAUAGCCGCUCAUCGACUGGAUAAAUUAACCAAAGGACUUGUCAUUUAUCCAAAAAAUCCCUCCGCCAAGAGA